AUGUCAAUCAGAAUAGCUCCUACUCUUCCGCUGAUCUUUCUUCUCAUGAUUCACAGGGUUUCUAGUGGUUAUUGGGGUGUGAGUUACAGUCAUUCACACAUCUGUGCACUAAAGGACUCAUCAGUGAUAAUGAGCUGCACUUAUACAUACCCUACUGGAUAUAAGAUCAUGAAAGUGUUCUGGACCAAAAACCCUGUAAUGGGUGAAGAGCCUCCAGAUCUGUCUAAGGAUCCUGAAUACAGUCAGAGGCUUCAGUAUCUGGGAGACAAACAGCAGAACUGCACCAUCAGACUGAGUCAUGUGAGACAGAAAGAUUCACACAAGUACUGUUUCAGAUUCAUCACUGAUCAACCUGAUGGAAAAUGGACUGGUUAUCCAGGAGUGACUCUUACUGUCACAGAUCUUCAGGUGGAGGCUCCUGAGAGAGUGACAGAGGGUCAUAAUGUCAGUCUGACAUGUAAAAGCAGCUGCACUCUGACUGACAGAGCAACAUUCAUCUGGUACAGAAACUCACAGCCAUUAACUGAGAGAAGAGACGGAAACAAUCAACUCCUGCUGCAGUCAGUCAGAAGAGAGGAUGCAGGCAGAUACAGCUGUGCUCUACAGGAACACACUUACAUCUCUCCUGCUGUUUAUCUCAAUGUCAUGUAUCCUCCAACGGAAUCUUUUGUAACAGUGAAUCCAUCUGGUGAAAUAGUGGAGGGAGAUUUAGUGACUCUGAACUGCAGCAGUGAUUCAAACCCACCUGCAGAAAUCAGCUGGUUUAAAGGAGGAACGUUUGUAGGAUCUGGAAGAAUCUACAGCAUCUCAAAGAUCAGCUCUGAUCACAGUGGAGAAUACAAGUGCAAGUCCAGAAAUAAACAUGGAGAGAAAGACUCUGAUGCUGUGACUUUAAACGUCAUGUACCCUCCAAAAACAAUAUCAGUGUCCAUAAAUGGAUCUGCUGAAAUAGUGGAGGGGGAUCCAGUGACUCUGAGCUGCAGCAGUGAUUCAAACCCUCCUGCUCUGAACUUCAGCUGGUUUAAGGAGAAUCAAAGCUCAGCUGUUGGAUCUGGACAGAGUUUCAAUGCACUACAGAGUGGACGCUUCUACUGUGAGGCUCACAAUCAACACGGAUCUCAGAGAUCAGACGCUGUUGCUGUCACUGUACAUGGAAGGAAGUUUCGGUAUGCAGUUGCUGGAGUCACUGGAGGAUUGGGAGGUUUAAUCUUCAUAUUCAUCAUUGUGUUGCUCAUGAGGAAAAAACAGAGACCUAAUCACAUCGCACAAAAGCAGGAUGACCUUUAUGUCAACGUAUCAGCUCACAAUAGGUCUCUGUCUGAAUCUGAUGCCGCGAAUCAAAACAAUGCCCUGUAUUCCUUAAUUACUCUCAGCAAUUUCAGUCACAAUCAGACUGAAGGAAAAGCAUCUGAUUCUGAAGAUACAGAAGAGAUCCAGUAUGUAACUGUCCUGCAUCAUAGAAAUAAAGAGAUGAACCAACCGGAAGAGGAGGAAAGCCAGUACGACAACAUUAGAAAAUAUCGGACUGAUGCUGCAAGGAGGUGA